AUGAUCAUUGACGAGCAUCCUAUACCCAAAAUUGAAACGAUCUUCAACAAGAUGAGAGGAGCUGCCUUGUUUUGCCACCUAGACGUAACCGAUGCCUACACGCACCUGCCAAUCGAUGAUGAGUUCCGCCAUGUGCUCACUCUCAACACUCCGACGCACGGACUCAUUCGUCCUACGAGAGCCGUGUAUGGAGCUGCCAGUAUCCCAGCCAUUUGGCAGCGACGUAUGGAGUCCAUUCUUCAAGGGUUGACCCACGUUGUCAGCUUUUACGACGAUGUCAUUGUUUUUGCAAACAACUUCGACGAGCUGCUGCUUGCUCUUACCGCAACGAUGGACAGGAUGAAGCAAAAUAGUCUGCGACUGAACCGAUCAAAAUGCAUCUUCGCUACGUCAUCGCUUGAAUGCCUAGGUCAUAGGAUUGAUCGUCACGGCCUACACAAAUCAGGAAAACACGUCGGAGCGAUUCGUGAUGCACCACGGCCGUCAACCCGGAAGAAUUGCAGCUGUUCUUAG